GCCUCCAGCCGGCGCCUGGGACGGGGCUGGCCGCUCCGCCCCCUGGGCUCCUCGGUGGCUCUGCGGGCGGACGCCGGGCUCAGGGAGCAGAGCUGAGAGGAUCGCCGCGCACCCCGCCGCGCCCCGGCGCACGUCCUGCCCUCCGCACAUGCAGCGCAGCCUCUCGCCGAUUGCGUGGUCCAGGCCUCAAUGAGGAGUCCAAAUAUGGAGACAUUCAAACAGCAGAAGGUGGAGGACUUCUAUGACAUCGGAGAGGAGCUGGGCAGUGGCCAGUUCGCCAUCGUGAGGAAGUGCCGGGAGCAGAGCACGGGGCUAGAGUACGCAGCCAAAUUCAUCAAGAAGAGGCAGAGCCGGGCCAGCCGUCGGGGCGUGUGCCGGGAGGAAAUCGAGCGGGAGGUGAGCAUCCUGCGGCAGGUGCUGCACCCCAACAUCAUCACGCUGCACGACGUCUAUGAGAACCGCACCGAUGUGGUGCUCAUCCUUGAGCUAGUUUCCGGAGGAGAACUGUUCGAUUUCUUGGCCCAGAAGGAGUCGUUAAGUGAGGAGGAAGCCACCAGCUUCAUUAAGCAGAUCCUGGAUGGGGUGAAUUACCUUCAUACAAAGAAAAUUGCUCACUUUGAUCUCAAGCCAGAAAACAUUAUGUUGUUAGACAAGAAUAUCCCCAUUCCACACAUCAAGCUGAUUGACUUUGGCUUGGCUCACGAAAUAGAAGAUGGAGUUGAAUUUAAAAACAUUUUUGGGACACCUGAAUUUGUUGCUCCAGAAAUCGUGAACUAUGAGCCACUGGGACUGGAGGCAGACAUGUGGAGCAUCGGAGUCAUCACCUACAUCCUUCUAAGUGGAGCAUCCCCCUUCCUGGGAGACACAAAGCAAGAAACCCUGGCAAACAUCACUGCUGUGAGUUACGACUUUGACGAGGAAUUCUUCAGCCAGACCAGUGAGCUGGCCAAGGACUUCAUUCGGAAGCUUCUUGUGAAGGAGACCCGGAAACGGCUUACCAUCCAAGAGGCUCUCAGGCAUCCCUGGAUCAUGUCAAAAGGAGAAGCCAGCGUCCCUGAGCAGUGGAAGACACAACCUGCCCAGCUGAAGACCAAACGCCUAAGAGAGUAUACCCUCAAAUGCCACUCCAGCAUGCCCCCCAACAACACUUAUGUCAACUUUGAACGUUUUGCUCACGUAGUAGAGGAUGUGGCUCGGGUAGACGAGGGAUGCCAUGCCCUCGCAGGAGCCCAUGAUACCCUGCAGGAUGAUGUGGAGUCUUUGGUCUCCAUCUACAAUGAGAAGGAGGCUUGGUACCGAGAGGAGAACGAGAAUGCCCGUCAUAACCUGUCCCAGCUCAAGUAUGAGUUCCGCAAGGUGGAGUCCCUGAAGAAGCUUCUGAGAGAAGACAUCCAGGCCGCAGGGGCCAGCCUUGGAGGUGUGGCCAGGAAGCUAGACCAUCUGCAGGUGCAGUUUGAGACUCUGAGGCAGCAGCUGUCAGCAGACAUUCAGUGGAUGCAGGAAAUGGCGGGCAUACUCCAGCUGGAGAGUGGGAACACUGACGGCCACGCCUUGGGCUCCGUGUUCCACCGGGACACCAGUGAGUCCCUACCAGAGCUGCUCAACAGAUCACACACGGAGGGGAUCCUGGCCGGCUUGAAUCUCUGAGCACCAGGAUCUAGUCAGUAGUGCAUUCCCAGGGUUUUGUAGAAGCAUGCUGUCUUCCCCUCUGCUGGUGCAUCUAGCUGGAAGUGUCGUGCAGGGUGUGUGUUUGCAGCCUUCACUGCCUCUAGAGUUCCCCAGCCACUGGGGUCUUAGUUAGUUAGUGGACCUACUCCGCACCUCCCUCACCAGCCUAGUUUUCUGAGAGAGUGCUGGCAAAGCAGCUGAGCUGUGGAAACGAUGAGAAAACCUAUCCCCUCAGCAUGCCCUUCUCUGGGGGUAUCUUCCGGGCCCCAGGAAAUGCUGUAUAACUGGGUAAUGAUGACGGAUUGGCUCAUCUCUCACAUUCCACAUGCAUGGUGUCUGAGCGAAGAUCUUGGAUGGACAUAGCUAGCAUAACUUGCUCAGCAGUACCUUCCUGUUACAGAGUCAGGGCCUUAUAGUACACAGAAAAUGUUAAGUUCCUUUUGAGUUGUCUUCUCACUCAUUGGGUUUUAUGACUGUGACCUUACUGGAUGCUUAAGGAACUCUAAGGGGCUGGGAUAUAGGUCAGUUUCUAGAGUGCUUGCCCAGCAUCCACAGAGCCCUGGGUUUGAUGCCCUGCAUAGCAUGAAGUAGGCUCGGUGAUACAUACUUCUAUUCCUGGGAUUUAAGAGGAGUCAGAAGGAUCGAGAGUUCAGAGUCAUCUCUGACUAUAUAUUGAGUUUGAGUUAAAGGCCAGCCUAGGCUAUAUGACACCCUGUCUUGGGGUGGGUCAGGGCUCUGUGAGCGGAGAAUAAGGACAGUAUUAUUACUGUUCAUUUCCCAUAACUGAUGAAGAAGUUGACACAGAGAUGGAGAAUUGGCAUAGGAGCGUUCACAGCCAGUUGCCUUCCCAGGGUGUUCAUCUUUGAGGUGCGAUAUGGAGGAAGAAGUUUAGUGAGGUUUAGCUGUAAAUAUCCAUCUUGAUAUUAGAGUUCAGAUCCCAGAGGCUAAGGGUCUGACUUUAUAUUGAGGAUGAAGACAAGAGACAUACAACAAGGAUGUAUUUAUUCCUGUAUAGUAGGCCAGUGGGCCUUGAAGCCUGGCAAACCCCAGAGAGCUUUGAGAAGCACGGGGCUCAUUGGUCUCUUCUAGCUCCCAAACUUCAUAGCGUGAUGUCAUCUCCCCUUCCUAGGAGGAAGGCCAAUGCAUCCAUGCAGACAGCACAUAGACUAUGGACCUUGGACCCCACAUGGAACUAAAAGCUUGGGACUAGGGGCCAACUGCAUCACUUCAAGUACCUCCAUAGCCUCACAAAAUACCCAGAGAUAUUAUCCCCAGGUUAGGGAGGAAACCAAGAAAGAAUGUGACUUGUCCUGUGUCACAUUAGUGAUAACAAUGGGAGCCUUCUGGUGAGUCUGUCACUCUUCCUGAUUUCCUUAACUACGUGGACUUUAGGAAUUGAUUCUGUGCUUGAGGAAGUGGAUGGGACCCAAGCUCAUCCAUCCAUUCAGACAUAGUUAGCAGGCACCUGCCAGUUUCAAAAAAGUUGACUCGAGUCUGGGGAUGUGAUGUUAUGUAACAUCAAGUCAGUUUUCCUUGGAGUUCUCAGUUAAAUGAUAGAUUCUAGCAUUACUCAAGAAUUAUACAAAUGAAGAACUCCAGCUGGUUCCUAUGCUGUGAAAGAGAAGGGGGCAACAUUGUAAGGCCUGGAGAGAGAGAUGGAGGGAGGAAGGGAGGGGUGUAGAGAUAGAUACAUGAUAGCUAGAUAAUUGGGUUGAUCUGCUUAGGCAACUAUGUAUGGAGGACAUGGGCUGUGGCCAACUAAGCAAACCUGGGAGAGAGCUGUCCCCUGUAGACUGUCAUGCCAUGUAGACUGUGAUGAUGAGAAGGGAAUGAAAGGAAAAUCAAAAUAGAGAGAAUGGUAUGUACACUGUAGAGACCAGGUGUGUACACUGUAGAGAGCAGGUGUGUACACUGUAGAGAGCAGGUAUGUACACUGUAGAGAGCAGGUAUGUACACUGUAGAGAGCAGGUGUGUACACUGUAGAGAGCAGGUGUGUACACUGUAGAGAGCAGGUAUGUACACUGUAGAGAGCAGGUGUGUACACUGUAGAGAGCAGGUAUGUACACUGUAGAGAGCAGGUGUGUACACUGUAGAGAGCAGGUGUGUACACUGUAGAGAGCAGGUGUGUACACUGUACAGAGCAGGUGUGUACACUGUAGAGAGCAGGUGUGUACACUGUAGAGGGCAGGUGUGUACACUGUAGAGAGCAGGUAUAUAUACUGUAGAGCGAGCUGAGGAAGAGCAGAACCAGCAAGGCCUGUUGAGUUCUACCUUUGCUCCCAGGGUCACCAGAAGCCAUUAACAGGUCCUGGGCUAGUGUUGAAGUAGAAAUUCUCAGCAGGCAGCACAGACUAGAUUUUGAUCUAAUAAACUCAUUCUCUAGAAUCCUUUUUUAAAAUUAGCAAGCUGGAUCAUUUAAGGUAUCACAUAUAAUAACUGAAAUAGAAACUAUUUUAAUCAAGUAUAAGAAACCACAAUUUUAAGAUGCAUGGUUAUUUCACGGACAAUUAAGGAAGAAAAGCAUCCUAUCAUGGGCAGUCUUGUAGGAGAUGCACAGGGAGAGGGCAAACAAGAGACAGCACCACCACGCAGAAGAGGGUGCAAACACACCCGGCUCAACUUUGACCCUAGGUAGAGACAGUAAAACGUGGAGGAGGAGGCCUGGCUACAUUUGCAACAUUGCUCUCUGGGUUUGGGCCACAUUGGUGUGAACCAGAAGAACUUCAAGCAUGGACUGCUGUGGCCCACAGUCGAAGGCUGGGUGACCCCACCUGACUCACUGAGGCUGUGCAGUCCACUCUCCCAAUGACCUGCCUCACUUCAGGCCCACAGUGCUGAGAUGCCGUGUUGACUGGGAGUUUGACGAUGAUGGCUGUGGUUUGACGUUGCACAUCCAGGGAUGAAGGAAAGGCUGCAGAACCCUGUGCCUGACGCUAAAGACAAAUGACUCCACAGAUGCUUCCAAGUCCCAUGUGCCCUGUUCACAUACGUGUUUGGUACAAGACACCAUGGAUAUUAAAGGUCCUUUUGGGUGUAUCAACAGACCCUGACAUUUACAUUGGGUUUCCUAAAAAGAGAACGGCCAUGGGUGCAAGAUGCUGGAUGAACCUUCUCUGAAGGCCAAAGUAAAUGCAAGAAGAUUUAAGUGAUGGCCAUGAUUUGAUUAGGGAGGAUGGGAAGGGAGAGAGAGAGCUGGUUUUCUUGGGUUUGUGGAAUCUACUACUCUGUUCAUGCUGAAAGGGUCCUCGGAGGGGAGCUCCCCAGAACUCUCCCUGUACAGCAGUUUGUGGGAUGGCACUUAUCCAAGGUCACACAGCUGGUCAGCCUCUGGCCUGGCUCAGAGCCAUAGUGGUUUCCUUCCUUGCAGUGAAAUUUUCCUCUGUGUUCAGGGCUGGUCAUAAGUACAGUGCCUCCUUACCUGUUUCUUUUUUUUUUUUUUUUUUUCUUUUUUUCGGAGCUGGGGACCGAACCCAGGGCCUUGCGUUUGCUAGGCAAGCGCUCUACCACUGAGCUAAAUCCCCAACCCUCCUUACCUGUUUCAUAACCGGAGUCUUAACUGGACAAAGACAAAGUUAACUACGAAAAGAGCCCAGAGACUUUCAGGGAACUUAGAGGAGACUGUGACCUUCCUAUGUCACGACACACAAACUCCUUUCUCCUAAGGUAUCACAACCUGAUGCGCCGGGGUAACUGAGGAGACCCGGGAAAGGAGUGCAGUCAGUGAACCUGCUUGCUCCUUAUGGGCACACGGAUGGCAUUUUAAUAGCCACCUAGAGCACAGGGCUGUCACGGCAGGAUGGGGGAUAGGGAGUGGAGUGCUUCACCAGGACCUAGAGGAAGGGAGCUGGGAACAGGGAGCAGCUCACUGAUUUGAGUCUCUGUCACCCUGGGAUACUUACAUACGGGGGUACAAAUAUGUGUAUAGGUACAUUUUAUACAUAUGUAUAUGCCUGUGGAAGCCAGUGGUCAACCUUGAUUGUCAUUUCUCUGGAGCUAUCUUCCGUGGCUUAUUUUCAAGAGAGAGUCUCUGGCUGUGUAGCCCUGGCAGACCUGAGACUCAUGAUGCAGACCAGGUUGGCCUCCAGUAGAGAUCUACCCCUCUGUGUUAGGAUCCAAGUCAUGUGCCACCACUCCCAGCUUAGCCACCUUGCUUUUUGAGACCUCAUAGGGACCACAUAGACCAGGCUGGCUGGCCACUGAGCCCUAGGGAUCUGCUUCAUUUGACCUCCAAGGCACUGGGGAUACAAGUGCACACCACUGAGCCUGGCCUUUUACCUGGGGAUCAAUCGCAGGUCCUCAUGUUAGUGCAAUCAGCGCUUUGCUGGCUAAGAUAUCCCCCAGACCCUCACGAAAGAUUUUUAAUUUACCAGACUUUAAAUUAAAGCUUGGCUUCGUGCUCAGUUCAAACAUCAUUUAGGCUGUCAGGAGGGCAGGGAAAGUGUAUAACAUAUCCCCGAAAAUCAGUUCCUAAGGAAGUUGGGAGGCAGGUCCUUGGGCAGGAAGCUGUCCUAGCCUGAAGCAGAUACAACUAUGGCUGCCCUGUGUGUGUCGGGAAGGGCAGCCACACUCGGCAGUGGAUGGUUGUGCAGAUUCUGAAGACUCAUGAGAAAGAGUUGGAGCAGAGCAGAGGGAAUGAUCACAGUGUGAAGAGCAGAGACUCCUCCUCUGCUUCUCCUCCUGAGGCGACGAUGACAGGGGUAGCUUCCCUUCUCACAGCCCAGUCAGAGGUUGCUGUGUGCCCGGAUAUAACCGUUUCAUCACUGUCAAAUCUUCUAGAAAUGUCUGUGGAGCUGAAUGGCUUUUCUCCUUUGUGAACUUCUUGGCCUGUGGGGACGGUUCUUGCCCUGGAGACUAAAACUAGUGGUGGGCAUGUUGGAGUUGCAAAGGGGCCGGUUCAGUUGAACAAACACCCAUUGUGUUCUGGUUCUAGGGGGAGGUGACAGAUGAGGUCAUGAAAACCCUGAAUGAGAGGUUGAUAGGGAGAGAUAUUUUCUUUAAUGAUGUAGUCACUGGUAAACCUAUCCAGGCUCAUGUGAACAGCCUCAUGCGUCUCACUGGGACACACACACACUCACGCUCACACACUCACACACACACACACACACACACACACACACACACACACACACGAGGGGCUCUAGUUAGAAAGUGGAAGGGGAUUAGUAAAAGAGUGGAGAAGGAUUAAUGGGGUGUGUAUGUGUGUGUGAAUGUGAUUGGAAAUACAUUAUGUUCAUGUCUGAAAAUGUCAUAAUGAAAUCCUUUACUACAAAUAAUGUAUGCUAAUAAAAAUAUUUAAAAAUUUACCUCAGAGUGGAAAAAAGAUUCAGUAUCAGGCCAAUGGGAUCCAAUCAAGCAGGAGGUAGGAGAGGCUUGGUAAGUUAUCAGUUAGACCAGUGGUUCUCAACCUUCCUAAUGCUGUAGCUCUUUAAUCCAGUUCCUCAUGUUGUAACCCCCCAGC